AUGACUGCAGGUUGUCUCCCCAUCUCGCAGAUCAACUUGCAGCACUGCAAAGCGGCCACGGACCUGCUCCGUUGGCGACUUGCGGCGCAGCACACAGAUACACACAAAUACACGGAUAUAGCCCUGAUACAAGAACCCUGGUUAAUCCAAGGGCAAGUAGGGGGGCUAGAUCUGAAACAAGGCUCCAUCUUCCAUGGAGACCUGGAGACUGGACCCAGGGCAUGCGUGUACGCGAAAAGAGGGCUCGGGGCAACGAAACUCGCAGAAUUCUGCACAAGAGACCAAGCAGCAGUCCUACUCCCAGCGGGGGUGGGAGGUAGCAGGGCGAACCUGGUGGUUUGCUCGACCUACCAGCCCUAUGACUCUGAGGGGCCCCCGCCAACGAGGGAACUCAGAGAGCUGGCGGACUACUGCAAGGUCAAGGGGCUGCAACUAGUGAUUGGAGGCUCUAGUCCAACGUUUGUCACCUCCCGGCGACAGGAGGUGCUUGAUAUCACGCUGGGCUCCGCAAAUGCGGCCCAAGCCAUACAAGAUUGGCGUGUGGAAGACGAGGCUACACUAUCUGACCACAGGCUAAUCACUUUCAAGUUAAAGACGAAUGCAGAAGUAAGGGCCUCGGAAACAUACAGGAACCCCAGAGCCACCUGCUGGCCUCAAUACCGUGAGAGCCUAGAGGGAGAGCUCAGGGGGCACUGCGUGAUACCGAGGACCACGAAGGGGAUCGAGAUGGAGGUCGCAAGACUGCAGACCUCGAUCAUCGGCUCCUACGAAAGAUCAUGCCCGUUAAAACAAAGAAGAGAAAGCAAAAGGGUUCCCUGGUGGAACAAUGAACUGAAUAAGCUCAGAGCCAGGGUACGGAAGCUUCUGAACAAGGCGAUGAAGGCAAAUACCGCAGAAGCCUGGGACGCGUAUAAAGAGGCCCAGAAGGCCUACAAAAAAACGAUCAGAGUAUUUAAAAGAAGGACCUGGAAAAACUUCUGCCAAGAAACUGAGGCCCUACCGCUGGUAGCUAGGCUUCGGAAGGUAUUUGUAUCCGGGCCUCCACAAAAACCGGAAGGUCUAAAACUUCCAAAUGGAGGAGUCACAGGUGACUCCCUGCAGACGUUGAGGCACCUUAUGGAGACGCACUUCCCAGGCUCGGAACUGAUACCGGAGGAACUGUUCCAGAAGGAACAGGCACCUCUCAGGAACAGCGCACGGGACUGGGAACUGGCCUCAAAGGUGGUAGCGAUAGACAGAUUAAGAUGGGCUAUAAACUCAUUUAAAAGGCUGGCUGAUAGGCACAUCAGAGAUUAUGCAUCGGCAGAAAGGCCAAUACACGCCUCCCAGCAUGCGUACCAGUCGGGCAAAUACGUGGAGACGGCGCUCCACCAUCUUGUAAGGGAGGUUGAAGAGGCCCUAUCCCAGGGGGAGUUCGUCGUGAGUAUUUUCAUAGACAUAGAAGGGGCUUUCGACAGCACAUCCUUCGAUGUGAUGAAUGAAGCAGCAAGAAGCUUCGGGAUUGACGACAGUAUGGUCACCUGGAUCGACAAUAUGCUACGAACCAGGACCAUAAUAACCUCCUCUGAUGGGUCUUCGUUGAGGGCAGGCAUCGCAAGGGGUUGCCCUCAGGGAGGAGUCCUGUCUCCCCUGCUGUGGACCCUUGUGGUAGACGGGCUACUCCGCAGGCUCGGCGAGGAAGGUUUUCUGGUGAUAGGGUAUGCGGAUGACAUCUGCAUAUCGGUUAGAAGCAGACACCCGCAUUAUAUAGCGAGAAGACUGCAAGAAGCACUCAUACUCGUGCAAAAAUGGUGCCUAUCCCAUAAACUCACGGUAAACCCUACCAAGACGGAGAUGGUGGAUAUACACCGCAAUCCUGGUACCCCAAGUAACAUAUGCCUCUGUUGUAUGGUGGACGUCUAUGAAGAAACAAUGCAACAGGAGGCACCUGGAGAAGAUCCACCGCCUAGCAUUGCUCGGGAUGACUGGGGCCUUCCGCAUCACACCGACAAUGGCAAUGGGGGCACUCAUGGACCUGGCACCACCACAUAUCAUGGUGGAAGCAGGAGCCAGGAGCACAGCCAUAAGACUAUUCUUAGCAGGCAAAUGGAAGAUAGCGUCAACGGGCCACGCGUCUAUCCUUAG